GGAGGCAAGCAGCAUAAACCGGUCACUGAUGUGUCUUGGUCAGGUGAUCAUGGCCCUGAUGGAUGUGUCAAAUGGGAAGAACCGUCACAUUUGUUACAGAGAUUCGAAACUGACCUUCCUGCUCCGGGACUCUCUGGGCGGAAACGCUAAGACGUACAUCAUCGCUAACGUUCAUCCUGGCUCCAAGUGUUUUGGAGAGACGCUCUCCACUCUGCAGUUCGCUCAGAGAGCCAAACUCAUCAAAAAUAAGGCUAUGGUAAAUGAGGACACUCAGGGUAAUGUCAGACAGCUGCAAGCGGAAGUGAGAAAACUAAAGGAGCAGCUCGCAAAUGCUCUUUCACAAGCACACGUCAUUGAGAUGACACCAUCAGACCAGCAAACAGCACACUCUGACGCUGAGCUUUCCUAUAAGACGCAGUUCAUUCAGGCCAUGAGCAUCUGGAAGAAAGCACAGGAGGAGAAGAAG